AUGUUCUUUUUAAAUUCUGCUUUCUCAUAUAAAAAAAACAGAAGCAUUAAAUAUUUAAACGGAAGCUCAGACAGUUUCCGUAGGAUAAAACAUACAAAUUUUCAUGAAUUAAGAACAAAUGAUAUUAGAAAAGAGAAUCAAGAGAAAUUAAGUGUUGAUGUGAAAGAUGAUGUAAUUUACAUUUCUUCAAAUAUACUAGUUAGUGACGAAAAAAAAAUAAGAGGAAUGGUAAUUUUUACAAAGAGCUAUCCUAAAGAGCUAUUAGAAAAGCUAAAAGAAUUUUUAAAAGAAUAUGUAAAGGAUUCCAAAAAAUUGCUAACUAUUGAAAAAUUAUAA